ACGAAAAGGAACGACAGCCAAAAAGCAGGAGAGGAAAGGACAAGAAGAUAAGGAGAGAAGAGAAAAGAAAGAAAGAUGGCUCGCCGAUCCCAGGGUACCAAACUCCACUUAGCAGUUCUGUGUCUAGUUGUAUCCUGUCAUGCCAUUGGCCUUAGUGACCUAAUGGAGAGAGCUUCCCAGCGAUCAGACAAGCUUCACUCACUCAGCACUUCACUCAACAAGGACCUGGACUCUCACUUCCCACCAAUGGGACGAGUGAUGAUGCCACGUCCAUCUAUGUGUCACACCUCCUCACUCCAGAUACCCAAGGACAAGGAGCAAGCGCUUAGAGUAUCGGAGAAUGAGCUGAUCUCCCUGGCUCGCUCCCUCCUGCUGGCCUGGAAUGAUCCCCUGCUGCUGCUCUCCUCUGAGGCGCCCACUCUGCCACACCCCUCCAAUGGUGACAUCAGCAGUAAGAUCAGGGAACUGCAGGACUACUCCAAGAGCCUAGGAGACGGACUGGACAUACUGGUCAACAAGAUGGGCCCCUCCUCCCAGUACAUUUCUUCAAUCCCCUUCAAGGGUGGAGACCUCGGCAAUGACAAGACCUCCCGACUCAUCAACUUCCACUUCCUUAUGUCCUGCUUCCGCAGGGACUCCCACAAAAUCGACAGUUUCCUCAAGGUCCUUCGAUGCCGGGCUACCAAAAUGCGACCAGAAACAUGUUAGGAGAAAAUGUCAGACAUUUUGGUUCGGGAUUGUUCUAUUUUCAAACUGAUACAGAGCCAAAAUGGGGUAGCCGUUUGAAGGAGAAUUUAGGGAAUUGGUUAUUAUUAAGUUAGAUUUUGUGACAUCAUGACUAAUGCUCUCUGUCAUCAACAUUACCUGUAGACUAUUCAUAGACUAUAAAUUAAAUUCAACACCUGUCAUCUGAACCACAUUUUACCAGUGUAAUAUACAACUCAAGAGGUUGUAUUAUUGUUUAUGUUCUGUAAUGUAAUUUCAUCAACAAUAUUCAACCCAAUAUUGGCACUUAUAAUCAUUGAAUAAUCAUCUUCAAUGAUUUAUUUGGAUAACACAAAGCAUUCCUCCAAGUCAUUCUUAGUAGAUACAGAGGGCUAUGUUGAUAGUUGACCAAUGACCAUCAUGAUAACAUUUGAACAUUAGAAUAAGAUUUCUCAAGUCACUUAUACUAUACACAAUGUACUGUUUCACUAAAUACCAAAUAAAAUCUUUAUUGCAUUAUAAAA